AUGGGGGGUGCUAAUCACCACGGAUUUUUAAUGGGGGCCACUGUGAUGAAGGGCGCAGAGUGUCCCACGCCUCCUUUACGGUGGCUGGUGGACAAACCCAUCUGGGAGAAUCAGUGGCCCCUCUCUCAUGACAAGCUAGUCGCCCUUCGCAAACUUGUACAGGAGCAGUUGGACCAGGGGCAUCUGGAACCAUCCACCAGUCCCUGGAACACUCCUGUCUUUUGCAUCAAAACGAAGUCUGGGAAAUGGAGGAGGUCUGAAGAUCCUCUGCCAGACUAUUCCACUGUCCCAGAAACUCCUGAAGCUCAGAGGACAACGAAGUCUUAUUUCAAGCGUCAUCGAGGGGUGCAGUUCUUUGAUGUGUCAAGUGAGGACAAGGAGCCAAGAAACGUCGGUGCUGCCAAAGAAACUGGGGCUCCGAGGGGAGAGCCGGCCAUAAUCUCUGAACCAUCUGGUGAUGAUGAUGACCAGCCUGAAGAGGAAAUGCCCCAGCUGGCACUUGUAAAUGGUGGGGAGCAGCAGCCAGCUGUGAAAGAGGAUGUAGAGGAAGAUACUAGAGACUCAAAGCUGCAAACAAUGAAGGAACGUUUUCCCCGAAGAAGUGACCAAGAAUUAUUAAAAGUAAUCAUGCUGAAAUCAGCAUGCACAAUGGAUGAAGCAGUAGCUACUGGUUUGAAGCUCAAUAAAGCUGCCUCUGGUAAAAGGAAACUGAGAGAUUCUCCCACAAAUUGCAAAACUAAAAAUGAGCGAGUUGCAAAAAAGUCGAAAGCUAGUUAUCUGGAUGAUUCAGACCCCAAAAGACGAUGGGAGAGGCAAGAGAUGCUUGUGAAGAAGUUGCAAGGUACAUUCCCUGGACUGGAUAAGGAGGAGCUGAGAGAGGUACUUGAGGAACAUAACUGGGUGUUUCAUGAUGCACUGGAGGCCCUGGAAAUAUUUGCAGACAAUGAGGAUGAUAUGGAAUUUCCUCCCAAAAGGAAAGAUGCUAACUGGACUGAAGCCUCCACUGAGAGCCAAAGAGAGGAGAGUAAAGAUAAGACAAAGCAGAAAGCUUCUGAGAAAGAGCGGAAUGGCUUUCAGAAAAAGGACAAAAGCAAAAGAAGCAUUUGGAGUGCUGAAGCAGAAACAGAACACAUGGAGGACAAGUCCGCUUCCGAAGAUGGUGGAAGCUCCCUGGAUGAGGACUACAGCAGUGGUGACAAAGUGAUGGAGGAUGGCUACAAAGCAAAAAUCCUCAGCUACCUGCAGGAUGCUUCCCUGAGCGAACUGACUCUGAUUCCCCAGUGUUCUCAGAAAAAGGCUCAGAAGAUAAUAGUGCUCUGGCCCUUUAACAGCUGGGAGGCUCUGUUCACAAAAAUGAUGACGACUUCUGGUUUGUCAGAAGAUAUAGCGUGGAACUGCAAGAUACUGCUGAAGGAGAGGGAUGUGGUUCUAAAGCUCAUGAAUAAAUGUGAAGACAUUUCCAAUAAAGUGACAAAACAGGUAACCAGGAUUACUAGAGAUGGAGGAUGUGGAUGGAACAUAGAGCAACCCUCCAUUCUGAAUUGCAGUUUGAAACUGAAGCUAUAUCAGAAGAUUGGUUUGAACUGGUUAGCACUGCUGUAUAAGCACAGAUUGAAUGGCAUCUUGGCUGAUGAAAUGGGCUUAGGAAAAACAAUUCAAGCUAUUGCAUUUCUGGCUUAUCUUUACCAAGAGGGCAAUAGAGGUCCCUAUUUGAUAGUUGUGCCAGCUUCAACGUUAGAUAACUGGAUAAGAGAAGUUAAUUUGUGGUGUCCUGAACUGAACGUCCUCUUUCACUAUGGAUCCCAAGAAGAUAGGAAACAUCUCAGGGUGGACAUUCAUAAUAAAGUCAUUGAUUUCAAUGUGAUUGUGACUACAUACAACUCUGCAAUCAGCAGCUCAGAUGAUCGAGGACUGUUCUGCAGGCUGAAGCUUAAUUAUGCAAUUUUUGAUGAAGGUCAUAUGCUCAAGAACAUGAGCUCUGUCUGCUACCAGCACCUCAUGACAAUUAAUGCCAAGAAUCGCUUGCUGCUAACUCUGGUUCAAAAUAAUCUGUUGAAUUUUGUCAUGCCCCAUAUGUUCAGCAGUAGCACAAGUGAAAUUCGAAGGAUGUUCUCCUCAAAAACAAAGAGUGCUGAAGAACAAAGCAUAUAUGAGGAGAGAAUUGCACAUGCAAAGCAGAUAAUAAAACCAUUCAUCUUGAGAAGAGUAAAAGAUGAGGUCCUUAAACAACUACCUCCCAAAAAAGAUCUCAUUGAACUCUGUGCCAUGUCUGAGAAACAGGAACAACUCUACUUGGCUCUCCUAAACAAGCUCAAGAAAAUUAUUGACAGUAAUGAGAAAAGCUCGGAUAUGGGAAAUGCAAUGAUGCAACUUAGAAAAAUGGCCAAUCACCCUCUUUUGCAUCGUCAGUAUUACACGAAUGACAAGCUCAGGAUGAUGUCCACCCUCAUGCUCAAGGAACCUACACAUUGUGAUGCUAACCCUGAUCUUAUCUUUGAAGAUAUGACAGUAAUGACAGAUUUUGAGCUGCAUUUCCUUAAGCAAUAUUCUCACAUCAAUGACUUCAAGUUAGACAUGGAUCAGAUCCUGGAUUCUGGAAAGUUGAGAGCACUGGAAUGCAUUCUCUCCAACCUUAAAGAGAAGGGUUACAGAGUUGUGUUGUUUAGCCAGUUCACUAUGAUGCUGGACAUCUUGGAAGUUUUCCUAAAACACUGGCAACAUAGAUACAUUAGGCUGGAUGGAAAAACGCAGAUUUCUGAGCAGAUACAUCCAAUAGAUGAGUUCAAUACAGAUAUGGGUAUAUUUGUAUUUCUUCUGUCCACCAAAGCUGGUGGCUUGGGCAUUAAUCUGACCUUGGCCAAUGUUGUUAUCCUUCACAACAUUGACUGCAACCCUUACAAUGAUAAGCAGGCAGAAGACCAGUGCUACAGAGUAGGUCAGACGCGAGAAGUACAGGUCAUAAAGCUCAUCAGUAAGGGGACUAUUGAAGAAACCAUGCUCAAAAUCAGCCAACAAAAAUUGAAGUUAGAACAAGAUAUGACUGCAGCAGAAUCAGGAGAAGAAGGAACUAUUCCAGCAGAUAUAGCCACGCUAUUGAAAGCUUCAUUGGGUCUCUAAAAUGUAAAUAUGUUAUGAAAUUCAAGGAAGAAAGGUGAUGAUGUACUCCAAGGACUUUUACAUUACUGUUG